AUGUCGGCCACCACAGGUGCUCUGGGCUCUGGCCGCAGCCUCCAGGCCGGCAGGGCCUCCCUGGCCUCCAUCCUUCAGGGUCCGCCACGUGUCCCGGGGGCUGGUCGAGCACCCGAGGGCCGCUGUGACGCGAUGCCCACGCCGGGGGUGGUCCUGGAGCAGUGGACACGCAUUCUGCGCGGUUCUGGAGGCCAGGAGUUCGAGCGGCAGCGUUGGCCCGGCCCCGGUCCUCACACCCACCCUCCUGUCUCUCUUCCCACAGCUGACAUCAUUUCCACCGUUGAGUUCAACCACACUGGGGAGCUGCUGGCCACAGGUGACAAGGGUGGCCGGGUCGUCAUCUUCCAGCGGGAGCCGGAGAGCAAGAAUGCGCCCCACAGCCAGGGCGAGUAUGAUGUGUACAGCACCUUCCAGAGCCACGAGCCCGAGUUCGACUACCUCAAGAGCUUGGAGAUAGAGGAGAAGAUCAACAAGAUCAAGUGGCUGCCACAGCAGAACGCCGCCCACGCCCUGUUGGCCACCAACGACAAAACGAUCAAAUUGUGGAAGAUAACUGAGCGUGACAAAAGACCAGAAGGCUACAACCUGAAAGAUGAGGAGGGGAGGCUCAAGGACCUCUCCACAGUGACGUCCCUACAGGUGCCGGUGCUGAAGCCCAUGGAACUGAUGGUGGAGGUGAGCCCGAGGAGGGUCUUCGCCAACGGCCACACCUACCACAUUAACUCCAUCUCCGUCAACAGCGACUGUGAGACGUACAUGUCAGCUGAUGACCUGCGCAUCAACCUGUGGCACUUGGCCAUCACGGACCGCAGCUUCAACAUUGUGGACAUCAAGCCGGCCAACAUGGAGGACCUGGCGGAGGUGAUCACGGCGUCGGAGUUCCAUCCGCACCACUGCAACCUUUUCGUCUACAGCAGCAGCAAGGGCUCCUUGCGGCUCUGCGACAUGCGGGCCGCCGCCCUGUGCGACCAGCACGCCAAGCUCUUUGAGGAGCCUGAGGACCCUAGUAACCGCUCCUUCUUUUCGGAGAUCAUCUCCUCGGUGUCGGACGUGAAGUUCAGCCACAGUGGCCGGUACAUGCUCACGCGGGACUACCUCACGGUCAAGGUCUGGGACCUGAACAUGGAGGCGAGGCCCAUUGAGACCUACCAGGUCCACGACUACCUCCGAGGCAAGCUCUGCUCCCUGUAUGAGAGCGACUGCAUCUUUGACAAGUUUGAGUGUGCCUGGAACGGAAGUGACAGCGUCAUCAUGACCGGGGCCUACAACAACUUCUUCCGCAUGUUCGACCGCAACACCAAGCGCGACGUGACCCUGGAGGCCUCGCGGCAGAGCAGCAAGCCGCGCGCCGUGCUCAAGCCGCGUCGUGUGUGCGCGGGCGGCAAGCGGCGCCGGGACGACAUCAGCGUGGACAGCCUGGACUUCAGCAAGAAGAUCCUGCACACGGCGUGGCACCCGGCCGAGAACAUCAUCGCCAUCGCGGCCACCAACAACCUGUACAUCUUCCAGGACAAGGUCAACUCCGAGAUGCAGAGCCGACCGGGCUACACCUCCUUGGCCUGCUGGUCCCAGGUGGGCCGCGGGCUGGAGAAGCACCCUGAAGGCGGGGAGUCUGGGGGCGUCCAUGGAAAGACGUUCACUGCCUAG